AUGAUAACUAAAUACCAGAACGUCAGGGCCACGACUAAGCUAUUAGAAUCUCUAGGAUUCUUGAUAAAUAAAAAGAAAAGUAAACAAAAUCCACAAACAAGAUGUAAUUUCCUAGGCUUUACGUUAGACUCAGAGAAGCAACUGGUUGAAUUGACAGUAGACAAGCGAGUGCAUUUGAGUAAAUUAUUGACUGAGUUUAUAUCUAAAAGGAUAAAUUGGAUCAGAGACUUAUCGGAGCUAUUAGGGAAAUUAGUGGCAGCCUGCCCAGGUAUAGAUUACGGUUGGCUAUACUUGAGGCCCCUAGAAGGUUUUAAGAGCAUAAGUCUGGUAAGAAACAACUUUGACUACGACGUGAAUGUGACUAUUCCAGAAUACCUGCUCCAAGAUUUACAUUGGUGGAUAGAAAAAUUAAAAGUAGGAAGUAGUAAAAUUAAGAAGGUAGAGCUUGGUAAGACAAUUUUUACGGACGCGUCAGAUACAGGAUCCGGAGCUACUGACGGUAUAAAUAAUAUACAUGGCUUUUGGAUGGGAGACCAAGAGCACUGGCAUAUUAACUAUAAGGAGCUGUAUAUGGUUAAGCUAGCAUUAGAAUCAUUAGCUGCUGAUGUAGCUAAUGAACAAAUUCUGUUAAGAAUAGAUAAUACGACGGCUAUUGCAUACGUUAACAAAAUGGGUGGUACUAGGUAUCAGAAUUUUAACAACUUGACUAGGGAAAUCUGGCAAUGGGCUGAGAGAAAAGACAAUUUUCUAUUUGCUUCCUACAUCCUCUCAGAGGAAAAUGUAGAAGCUAAUUGUCUGUCGAGACUAGCUAACGAUGAUACAGAAUGGGAGUUAGCUAAUUACGCAUUUGAGAGGAUUAUCAAUAGUUUUAGUUUUCCAGAGAAAGAUUUGUUUGCAACAGCAGCUAAUAGGAAAUGCAGUAAUUUUUGCUCUCGAUUUCCAGAUGAAAAAACAACACCCAAGAGCAGCCUUGUUAGAGCUAAUAGCAGGACUAUUACCAGGCAAGCAUUCAUCGAGAGAGGCUGCCCAGAAGAAUCCGCAGAAACAAUUUUGGCCUCACUGACACCUUCUGCCAUGAAACAAUAUCACUCUGCUCUGCAGCCGUGGUGUGAAUUCUGCGGGCAAGACAAGCUAGACCCUUUGGAACCAAACAACAGUGCUCUUUUACGGUUCUUAACGGCUAAACAAAAAGAAGGAGUUUCAUACUCGUGGUUAAACACAUUGAGAUCAGCAGUUUCAUUGUUAGACAAGGAUAAAGUAGGAGCCGAUCCACUUAUAUCAAGGUUUAUGAUAGAAGCAUUUAAAUUGAACCCUGCAGCUCCUAAGUAUGCUGCUACUUGGGAUGUAUCAAAAGUAUUAAAAUACCUAGCAGAAUUGUUUCCUUUGGAGGAAUUGUCAACAGUGACACUAACGUUGAAGCUAGUGAUGCUUCUAGCAUUAUUGACUGCUCAUAGAGCACAGACCUUAGCAAGCAUAAAGAUCCACGAUAUCACAGAGAAGAAGAAUGCUUUAGAAAUAUAA